AUGUCUCCCUUCAUUCCACGAACGUCUCCGCGGCUUUCAGUUGCAGGGGCGGGUCCACCGCCGGAGGGAGGCGGAAGCGCUCAGCGGCUCGGGGCGUCGGUGUCUCUUCCGCCGCUUCCCGUGCGCACGCACGGGCCGCCGGAAAGAGACUCUGCGCCGUCCUCCUCGUCAGUCUCUGGUUCGUCCACGGCAGGCUUCCGGCGAACCGUUCGGGGUCGGUCUACCUCUGCAACUGCUUCGCCCUCCGUCCUCUCCCGGUCUGCCUCUCCUCGAGUCCCCUCACGUCCGUCCUCCUCUGCUUCCGCUUCGGCUGCCGCGGCCAGUGCUGCUGAACGUGGCCUGAGCCCAGCGGGCGUUCGACGCAGUGCACGAACGAAUCCGCGCGCGGCGCUUCCGGACGCGAAGCUCUCGACAGGUAUUGUGAAACUUCAGGAUUCAGGUGUUCAGUUGGCUUUGUCCGCUCCUCGAGGCACGGCGGAGCCUGAAGGCUCUUCCCCCGUCCCCCCCCCGUCAAGUCACUCGCGGGCUCGAGCCCACCCAGCUGCGACCCCCGGAACGGGCCCCCCGUCGUCGAGCGGUCGUCACGAUGGUGAACGGCUUCUCCCCGGCUCCCCGGCGUCUUCGUCUUCUGGGUCUUCCGCGUCUUUCUCCAGUAGUGCUUCUUCGUCUUCCUCGAGAUUCUCGCCCGUUUCGUCUGUUAUUUCAGUUCCCUCUGCGUCCCCCUCUUUGCCAACCGCACCGGCGGCUGCCGAGGCUCCCUCGGACUUGCGUCAGCGACAGCCGGUGGCGACGCGAGACAAAGAGCAACGAACAAGCGCCUCUGAGGCGCAUGAGGCGGCCGAUUCUUCGUCCGCUCGCCCUCUCGAGAGCGGACUGGACACAGGAACCUCGCGAAGGGAGGAGGCGGACGUGGACCCAGCCAACGCAGGAAGCUGCGCCGCGUCUGCCUUGCCAGAACCUGCAUCUCCCAGUCCGGCCGAAGCGGAGGGACUGCCGGAGAAACCAGUUUGUGCGACUGAGGCAGACAGAGCGAGGCUCGAGCCGCGCCGCGCCAGCGUCGCGCCUUCUGCGACUCCAUCAUCUCCUUCCCUGGUCCCGCCAGUCCAGUCUUCUUCUCCAUCUCCUCUCUCGUCGGCUCCACUGCCGCAGGCGGUCUCGAAUGGUGCGGCGCCUCUCCCUGCGCCUGCUCCCGCGCCGGCACCUGUCAAGAGACUCGGUCGGCCGCCGUCGCGUUCGCCCCUUCCUGCGCGCAGCGCGAAGCGGGUCAAAGCUCUCUCUUCGUCGUCGCUGCCUCCGGCGUCGUCUGCGCGGUUUUUCGUGCCAUGCCAGUGUCAGUUCAACGCCGAGAAGGGCGAGUGGCGAGCUCGCUACCUGUGGCGCGGCGAGAAGAAGAUGCGCGUCUUCUCGCUAGCCCGCCACAGCCCCGAUGUCGCGGUGGCGCUCGCCGAGCUUUUUCUGACUCAUUUGGCGACCUACGACAACCUCCCCAGGGCAGAGGUGGUCGCGCAGUGGGCAGAAGCCUUGCGGGCGCACUUCGCCAGUCAGCGCGAGCGAGACUCGCUGGGCGACAAGGCCCGCGCUGAGGACGCAGGCGCCCCUGCGGGGCCGCCGGAGACUGGAGCCCCCCGCGAAGUCGGAGCCGUCAAGCCAGGUGCCCAAGAGACAACGGGCACAGCCGACAGCCAGAAAGAGGACGGAGACAAGAACCCAAGCCUCCACACCGCAGCCGCGCCUGCGCAGGCGGUGUUGAGCGCGUCCGAGCCGGGCGUGCGGACCGGGGCUGGUGCGCCUCAGCCGUCUUCGUCUCCCCCCUUUGUGCCCGCGGCAGUCCCGGCGGCUGGCCUUGGAGGCGUCGCGCCGUCUGCAGCUGCGUCAUACGUGUCGGCCUUGCUGCAGGCUGCGCAGGCGCGCCAGUGGGUGGCGGAGACGUCGCAUGCGCAGGCGGCGGCGUUUGUCGCUGCGUUCCCGUCUGGUCCGCUCGUCAGGGCUGGACGAGCGCCUCGCCCCAUCGUCCCCACGCUCGCAUCCUCUCGCGCGCGGCGCUCCACGACUCGCCAGCUCGCUGCGGGCGUCUCGGACCAGCGCCCUUCUGCGGCAGCCGCGCCAGGGCGCGGAUCGACUGCACCACCUGGAGCGAAAGACGUGAGCGGCGAUGCAGGCGAGGAGGCGGCCAGGAAACCUUCGGGGCUCGUCGAGGGGCGGGGGAAGAGUGUGGCAUUUGCUGCGACCAGCCCCGCAGGGAAGGGCAAGCUGCUAGGGAGACGGCCGAACCGAGACAGAGGCGACGCAGAGGAGCCUCGCCAGGACCGGAGAGGCCGACCGCCUCUGCUGCGAGACGGGGAGAGUAAGACAAACCUUCGAAGGAAAGGCGAAGACACGACGAGCGAGAGCCGGGAACGCCGACGAGGCCGAGAGGCAACAUCGUCCCGAGGCUCUAUCCGCUCGUCGUCGCCGUCAUCAUGUUCGUCAUCCGCGUCUGGGAGGGGGGCUGAGCACGAAGAGGACGACAACCAGGGCAGGUCCGCGGCGCCACGUGUGUCGCUCGCGCAGCCCGAUGCGGACGGGCGGAGGAGUCGCGUGGCUUUCGCGGGGGAUGCUCAUGCAUAUGCGUUCGCCGAAAAGGCUGUCGAAGGAGAGCGACAAGGGCGGGCUCUGGCGACGCCCAGCUCUGCGUCCUCGCCGCCCCCCCCUUCCAGGUGGGCGCACACUGGGGAUUCGCGCGAUGCGGAUUUUGCUGACACUGGCAGUUGCCCUGGUGUCUCUUCGAGGCCGGUGCCGGGAGUCUCGGGCGGCGCGCUCGUCAACGGAACCGCUGCUGUGGGCAGCAUAGGAGGGGGCCUUACGGAGGGGUGGAGUGAGCGUCGGCGCUACAAGAAAAAGCAUGGUGGGAAGGGGCGGAGCCGCAGGCUGGGGACUCUCUCGUCGCCGUCGGUCCGGGGAAGCCCCCGACAGUCCGCGUUUUUCCCUGCUGUGAGAGAGCAUGAGCUUGGCAUAGCUGCGUCCUCGCCGUUGGCGUCGCCGUUGAAUCGUGCGGAGGUAGGCGGAUACACGCCCGCAAGCCUGACUGGAGGUGCGGGGUGGAGGGCUGCGGCAGCGUCUCCGUCCGCCCACGUUCUGUCGUCGCCCUUCUUCCCCUCCUGGUCCUCGUCGGCGAGCUCUCCUCUGCAUGCGCCGGGCGAGCGCGGAGCGGUGUCGGGUGCGGCGCCAUCGCCCGCCUCCUACUUCACCGCGCAGCUGCGACGCUCGUUCGUUCAGGGCGCGGGAGUGCCCCUGCUGCAUCCGCCUGCUGCCGGUGCGCAACUGGUGACCCCCGCCUACUCGCCGUCCGCCUCGUCGCCCUCCCUGUGCAGGCCUGGCCUGCAUGCAGGCUGGCGCGGCGCCGGCGGGUCCGCAACCAGCGAAAGAGUAGGCUUGGGGCAGACCCGGUGCCCGAGCGGGUCGAGCCAGGCUGCGGAGGGCGAGUCGAAAGUAUUCUGCCCUUUGGCUGCUUCGCUCGCGUCCUCGUCGCAUGAGUAUCGCUGGUACGCGCACCCCGACGGGGGCAGCACGGGGUCGGCGUGUUGCCGGCGGCACGUCGGCGGUGCGGGGGGCGGAGGCUGGCCGCUCGUGUGGCUCAAACAGCUCGAGAUGGCGUUCAAUGGAAAGCAAAGGUUUUCCUCCUGCGUCGAAGGCGUCGACCAGCAACUGCGAUUCGGCGGCGUGCGGAGACAUGUCGUGGCGCUACAGCCCCACGCCGGCACCUCGCCCUCUGCGACCGCGGUCGGAAGCGGGACGCCGAACGGGCUCUUGACGCAGAGGGCGAAGAACGAAAAGGACGACAGCUGGGGGCUGGUGCCUUGUGUCGACGAGGGCGAACAAGCGAGAAGGGGCCCUGCGUCGUCGUGGCUCGACAACAGUGGCAAAGAAGAAGGCAGGCAAACGAAGGAUCUAGACAGCGACGGCGAACACAAGGUGAUGACCCCCGUGCACCGGGGAGACGCUGCAUCGGAAGAGGACAAAAGCGGGCUCUCUCCGCCCAAGGCAGACUGUCCUGCUUCAGGCUCUGGUGGUGCCACAGAUCCGGCGCUCAGCGCCGGAUCUGUGGCACCGGCAAAGGGGGAGCAGGGAGGAGGCACAGAGCAGGAGCGAAUGGCGGCGGAGGGAGAGAGCAGGGAAGAUGCGCCUGGUGACAUUGGACGCCCGUGUCCUCACCAAGCGGCCACUGCUGCGUCGCCCAGCACGCGAGAGGAUAUGCAGGAGGAAAAAGAAACACCUGACGCUGCGCCGUCACCUUCCUCGUUUCAUUCGCCCUCGUCGUCGGACGGCUGCAAAGCUAGCGGUCCACACCGGGACGAGAAGACAGCCGAAGGGAGGGGUGAGAAAGAAAGCGGCUACCUAGAGUCGUUCAAAACGAGGGCGGGUGGUAAGGCAGACGACGCCUCAGAACUGGAGAAAGACGCGCCGACGCUCUUGCCCACAGGCGGGGGGUCGGUCACCGUCAGUGCCCUCGAUCUCCUCAGCUCCGCUGUGCACACACCCCGGUGGCAGGCGUCUGGUGCAGAGCUCAGCGACUUCAGCGAUCAGAAGAGAGCGAAAGGUGGCGCGUCUCUCCAGUCCAGCAGUCAGGUGGCUCUCGAGUUUGACGCCCGCUUGGAAGGGCCCGCUGACGCACUGCCGAUUUUGCGUCCCGAUGAGGACGGCAGCGAAAAAACCAAGGUCAGUGAGAAGGGGGAUACGGGAGAGCCUGCGUCCGCUGAGGGGCGAGGGUCUGCAGCAGACGACUCAGGGAAAGGAACGCACGAAAAACGCGUCGUUGUGGGCGGAGGGGGAGGCGAAACUGACGGAGAGACACAGAAAUGCAGCGGCCGCUACCCCGGCGGGGAGACAGCGGCGGGUAGCCCCAGGAGGGUUCGCGAGGGCGCAGAAGGAACUAGGGCUAGUGAGGUUGAAGACGCGCACGAACGCGGAACUGAGUCUACAAUCUCGAGUGAACGCCGGGAGACAAAGCAGUCGACAGAGGCCGAGCGAGCUCGAAUCGAGGAGGCUGCGAACCAGGGAGGGAGCGAGCACAGUCAGGGGGGCGUGACGCCGUCACCUUUCCUGCCGGCUCUCAGGCGUCUUGCCGCAGACCAGGGCAGGGAGCAGGAUGAACAACCCUCUCGCAGCCCUCGGUCUUCCGCGUCUCCAUCUCCUGCGGCCGCCCCACACAGCAGCAGCACCAGAUCGUCCGCCGCUGCGCCGGCGGUGUCCACGGCGCUCCAGUCUGUGGCGGAAUCUGUGGCUCUUUCUCCUCUCUGUUUCGGAUCUCUGCCGAGCGGGGCCCCUACCGCCGCCCAGCCGUCGCCUCAUGGUUUGCUACGGUGCUCGCCGUCUCCACCUCAGAAACGCGUGGCCUUCUGUCUACCGCGCGGCGGGGGCGCGCCGGCUGCGAUUGAACGGCCGCUUUCCUCGGCGGUUCCAUAUCCGCUUAACGCGCGACUUGCAGAGCUCGUGAAGGAGUUCCGCGCCCUUCAGGGCGUCGCUACGUUCCGGGGCCGGAAGGCCAGUGCUCCGGUGGGCCCUGCACCCGUCCCCCCGUCUCCUCAGGGCACGAAUACGGCGACAAAGGAGACAGAGAAGGAAGGGAGACAGUUCGAGGAGGAGACCGCGGACGGAGAGAAGGACUCCGCGUCCGCCGCUGUUCGUGAUGACCUUGCCGCUGUCUCGACACAGCGCGGGGGAGACGCAUCGAGCGAAAAGCCGCGGGAGCAGGAGAAAAGAGGACUGGACGCCGAGGCAGACGACGACUCGAAAGAGGCGGCUGCAGCCCGGCCAGCAACGGGCCUUUCGCCUGCUUCAUCUACUCCGAACGCGGCCGCCGCCCCAGCGACGGCGUCCACCGCGACUGGAGGCGCCGCGAGCGUUGCUUGGCAGAAGGUCGCUCCUCCCCGGUCCUCCGACGUGCCCAUGCCGGAGAGUGGCGACACACCCUAUCGCCUAACUCACCCCGUCAUGUCUAGGCGCGACAUGGCCGUCCGUCUCUACUGUUGGCUGGAGCAGGGGGAGCCACUUGGCGCGUUGGGCGAGAAGAGGGACAGGCCUGCGGAUGGACUGGGCUCCGGGGGGACGCGGGAGAGUGAAGGAAAAGAAGACGGAGGCAGUUUGCGCGUUGACACGGUUCCGUUCAUCAAUCGCUGGAGACACAUGCUCCAGCGGGCUCUCUCGGCAGCCAGUCAUCUGCGACAACUCAAUCUUCAAGUAGUACAGCUCGUGGAGCUGUCUGAAGCUCUCCACGUGGCUGUGCACAUUUGCAAAGAGGUCCGGAAGAGAAUGAGGGCAGGCAGCGCUUCCGAAAGCGAAGCAGAGGCAAGCGGAGACGCCGCGGAAGCCGCAGGGUCCAACGCUGCCGCGACGCCCCAUGCGGUGAGCGUCGUCUCCUCUCCUGGCACAUCGGGUCCCGGCGCGACCGCCCUAGAUGGAGAGGCUGCGACGAGCAUCGGAGAUUUGAGCGCGGACGGCGCGCUGAGUGUGAAGUCUGUGGCGCAGCAGGGCGAUGCGGUAGAGAAGCCAGAAGAGAAUGAGGGAGGGAUGGCAAACCAAGUCCCCGGCAGAGACGGCGGACAGCAAAGCAGUGCAGGCGAGUCUGACUCUCGCCCCAUUGUGGUGUCUACGGGUGACGGCGAGGCUGCGAGAGCAGAGAGCGGCCCUCUGCAGGUGGAUACGGAGGCGCCCGAAGAGGAGAGCAAGAGGAGUGAAGAAGGCGCGAUGCCGUCGCAGCGCGCGGACGAGGCGAGAGUCCGCGCCGGUGAGUCCUCGCAGACGUCGCCAGCGUCGUCUUCGUCAGCGAUUCUCCAACCUGGGGAUCUUCGCCCGUUAUGCAACGCUGCCCGUCGACCAAUACGAUCUCCUUCGUUGCCGCCGUUGAUCGGCGUUUCUGGAAGAGGGCCUCUUGGUUUGGCUUCGCCGUCCUCUUCAUCGUUUUCUGUGUCGUCUUCUCCUUCGUCUGCGCUCUCUUGUUCGCCUGCGUCUCGCUUCCCUCUCGCGCUUUCACUGCGGCUAGCCAGUCCGUCACCCGUUGCGUCGCUGUCGGUUGCGUCGUCUCCCGUCUCGCUGCAAAGGCUCCAGCCUCCGCAGUCCGCUCCGGGGUCGUCGCCCUGCGCCGCGUCCCUCUUGGGCGGGUCGGCUCUCCAGCCAGGCGCCGACGUGCUCAGAGCUACCGUCCGCGCUGCCCUGCGUCAGUCUCAAGCGCUUGGCGUUGGUCAGAAGUUGGCGGAGGCGAAUCAACAACUUGCGGCGCGCGUCACCGUGGCUGUGCGGGCCGCUGCGUUAGCUAAGGGCGAGCAGCGGCUCGUAAACUCAGACAUCGGCAUUUUGAUUGAAGAGACGCAGCGCUUCGUCCGCGAGGAGCAGCGCAAGAGAAGCGAAGCGGAGGGCGACGUCGACGACAACGGGGACGCAAAGGACGGACGGGACUCUCACCUCGCUUUCACGCCUGUGGCACACGCACACAACGCAGGAGCUCCCGACCCGCUGCCCCCUCAGGAGGAGGGAAAGGCUUCGCUGGCGUUUGCUUCUUCAGCUUCUGGAGACCUCAAGGGUGAGAAGACGGAAACAGCAGCGAAUCACGAAGACGACACACGGCUGCUGGCGGUGCUGAACGCCUUCCACAGGCAUACGGAGACUCUCAUGGAGGAGCGAGAGCGGCUGAUCGCGACGACCAACCAUGAUCUCACGGUCCUGCUUCAGGCGAUGGAGCUCGCUCUGCCGUCGGGCCUGGACGGGCCUCUGAUGUCUAUUUUGGAAGGCGACGUCGACGUCCUUCCUCCACCGCCGACCCCGAAUGUGGAGGCGCUGAUUUAUCUGCAUGCGUCCUCGUUGGCGGCUGCGGACGCUGUGUCGUCGCCGUCGUCGCCGUGCUCUCUGGGGUACACAGGGAGCCUAGCGUCGCCUUCGUCGCACCGCUUUUUGACCUCUUUUUCGCCAACGGCUGCAGGGUUUGCGGGCGGAGAGGCUGCGCGCUUCUUCUCCGACGCGCUGGCCAAGGGGCGAGCGUCGUCGUAUCUCCUCGGGCGCGCGAGCGAGCACGAGCGACGCAGAUUCGGAGAGACUGCCGACCGACCGGGGCCCGUGCUGCCUGUGCGGCGAGGCCGGCCGCCGUCCGCGGCGCGCCUCGCAGCCCUCCGCAGAAUGAACGCCGCGAGAGAGGCCAAGGCCGGAGACGCUGGCGCUUUCCUCGAUUCAGCCGGGGGAAGAAGUCUGAAGAAACGUCUGCGCGGCAUGUCGCAGGAAGGCGAAGAGAUUCAGCAGGCCGCCACGGUCCCUUUCGCUCUCGGCCGCGACCUGCACCGGCCGCCGCGUCUGGUUUCUCCGACCGAGGAUGAGCUGUCGUCGCCGCGCGCGCGUGCGCUCUCCACGGCUUCGCAGUUGUAUUCGCCCAAGCGUCUGCGGAGCGGCACCUACGCCGAGAGCCGCGACCCGAACCGCAAGAGUCUCCGCACGCUCUUUGGCAGGUCUUCCUACGGGCACCGCGACGCACUCGCAUCUGCGCGGUCGUCGCCCCAUGUGCGGCUGGGCUCCGGCGGGCGUCUAUGCGUUGAGGACGGCUCGCCCUCUGCGCUGGCCGCGGGCCUGUACCGUAGCAGCCGGCGGCAGAGCGAGUUGUCGCAGCGCGGCGGGCGCGAGAUGUACUCACCGUACGCGUAUUCCUACUCGCCGACUGCGCGCCUGGGGCGGUCGCGGUCGCGGCGCGUGCGGCUGGCGGCGGAUGGCGGCGAGGGCCUCGAGGGACCUCUGCGACUGCGGCAGGCGGAGCCCCUGGAGCGGCGCCGCGGCCGGGGAGGCGAGGCAGGCCUGGAGGAGCGAGGCGAGCGCGGCCGAAGUCGCCUUGGGCCGCGGUAUAUUCCCAAUAAAGUUCGAGACCCCGCGACUGGCCGUGUCGCGGUGUGCGCCUACGACCUGGAGCACGGCGAGCGCGUCCGGAAAGUGCAGCUUUUCGAAAAGGAAGGCGUCGGCGCGCUGUGGUGCGUGCGCUACGGCCCCAGCGACGAGUUCGUCAGGUGCUUCUCUAUCGAGAAAAUGGGAAGUUUGAAGGCACUCGUCGCAGCAGUCCUCUUCCGGCAGUACGUCACAGGCCACCCCCUCGGCUACGGCGUGGGAAGCAGCGUUCCAGUGGAGAAAAUCCGCGCGUCGGCGUUCGCCUCGGGGCUUGCAAAGCGCGCGGGGCCCUCCCCGCGGCACGAACGAUGCGCAGACGAGGACGCGAACGCGGUGGAGGGGGCGGGCUCCUCGAGGUCGUUCGAGGAGUCCGAGACGGCGCGAAGCGAGACCAACGAGGAGCAGAACGGGGGGCAGGGAGAUACCCGAGGGGACGGAGGGGCGGGUUGGCGCGCGGCAGGCGGCGCACGCACAGAGGGGAGAGGCGAAGGAGCCUAUGACGAGGAGAGGGCAGCAGGGAAGGCCGAAGCUGCGGAGGGCCUGGCGAGGUUGCGAGAUAGCGACACGACGCAAGUCCCGCGGACGUCGCCCCGUCUGAGGGCGGAGGAGACAGACGCCGACGCGCAGGCUUCCUCUCUCGCGUCCACAGAAGGCGGCACACACGGGGCGACAGCUCCGCCUUUCCCGCAAGAUGCCAGCGACUCGCGCGCGCACACCACGGCAGGAAGAGACGGCCAACUUGGAGGCGUGGCUCCUCCCGCGAGCGUCGAUGCACUAGCCGACCCUGCGGAGCGUCUGGCCUUGCAUUCUCUGGGCGGCGGCCCCGGCUGGGGCACUCAGGCGGGAGCGGGCAGCUCACCUACGGCUUUCUCUUCGUUGGGGGCGUCUGCAAGCGUGGACGGUGGAGAGGAAGGGUUCUCGGCGUCGCUGCGCGUCGCGUCUUCGCCGUUCGCCUCGUCGUCGCUCGCGCCUUCGUCUCCGCAGUCUUCGCUGCCCGCGUCGCCGGCGGCUGCCUUUGCGUCUUCGGUGUGUUCGUCUCGGCUGGGGGUCGCGCGGCGCGGCUCGGUGAGCUCGCUGGACGAGGAGGCGUGUGAGGAGGCGCUGCUGGAGUUCGGCGAGGACUUUUCGGGCUCUGAAGAGUCUGAUGCGUUCCUCUUCCUGGACACGUCCUCGGCGCGGGGCUUUGCUGGGGCGGUGCGGCACUACGUGACGCCGACAGCCGGCAGCGCGUCGCCGACAAGCGGCGGCUUGGGCAUUCAUUACGACAAGACGAAGCACCGCUGGAAGGCCACGUGGACGACUCCGGACGGGCAGCGCGCCUCGACGUCGUUCUCAGUCAAAGUCCUCGGCAUGGAACGCGCGCGCGAACUCGCACUUGAGGCACGACAGCGCGCCCUCGCUGGACUCGACCCGCGCGAAGUCCGCGAUGAGAUGGUCGCUGGCGGCGUGGCAAAGGGCGACCGCGAGGGCCGCGAGGAAGACAGGGAGGAGGACGAGGGCAGAGAGCGACAGCGAAGGCGCAUGGAGCGCGAGGUGAAGACCGAGGAGAAGGAGCGCGAAGAGCGCGACGUUCGAGAGGAUCAGGGGCGCCGCCGGAAGCCCCGCGAGGGCGCGGCCGGCGGCGAGCGAGAAGGCGGAUACUCCGGCGGGGUCGGGGAUGAGCUGAGGGAUCGCCAGAGACGCAGAAAGAAAUGCGACGAAGGUCGACGCGUCAAGACGGAGCUCUGGAGACUGCGGGAAAUCAGACAGGACGGCGCCUUCGCUCUGAAGAGCGUGCGCGGACAGAAAACCCUCGGAGACGUCGACAGUCGCGGGGGGCCGGAGGAGCGAAAGCGUGAGGCGCGCAUGGGGCGGCGGGAGGAAGGAGAGGAUGACGAAGGGGAGGCCUUGGACGCACCUUCCCCCCCCGAGGCGCACCGCGACGAUGAAGGCGAGCGCGCAAGACGGCGCAAGAGGCGACAGGAACUCCUGGACGAGCGAGAAGGCUUCAGGGGUGCGACCUCCGCGCGGCGCGCGUCUCUCGACGAUGACGCGCGAGGGCAGCGCGACGAGAAGGCGCGCGGCGGGAGUGUAGAGGGUGACCGGAAUGUUCGCGGGCUGCGCGGCGCAGCGAGUGCUUCGUCCAGUGCUCUCCUGCUGCAGGUGGCUGCGGUGAGAUCUGGUGACGCACGUAGCCUCGCGGCGCGUUCGGCGUCGCCUCUGGGCGGUGCUGGGACUCCCAGCCGUUCGGUGCUUUCAGUCUUGGAGAAGUCCUGCUCGGCCCUGCGCGCCGCAGACCGCCCAGGGAGCGGAAAGCGGGUAUCUUCGCCCUUCGCCCUGUCCCCCGUGCUGUCGCUGCCGCGGUCGACGCGAGGCGCCGGCGAGGAGGAAGACGACAUCGCUGUGCCUCGGACUCCCGAUGACAGCUGCGAGUCAGACGGCGAGAAGCUGGAGGCCCUGACGCAGGCUCACAAGCGCCGCAUGUCUCCGCUGUCCUCGCUGCUGCCGCGCUCGGCGCGUCUCCGCGAGGCGCAGCUGCAGCGGCGCGGCGAGGCCGAGGGCGACAGAGACGUGUCGCUUCCAGCCGUCGCCUUCGCGACUUCGUCGACUUUUGCAGGGGCUCAGGGCGAGGGCGUGUCUGGGCGCGUGAAGCGCGACCGCGAGGCGGGCGGGCGCUCGGGGCGGAGUCUGCGAGCGUCUCCGACGCAGAGGCCGCUGACGCGCGCAGGCGAUGAGGAGAAGCGACUUCUCAAGCGGCAUCACCACGACGAGUCGGCGGCAGCUGGUGGUUUUCCGUCUUCCUCGUCGACGUCCCAUGCUUCCCUAGCAUCGUCCAGCGCGGGGGGGCUCUCGGGGGGGCGGGCUGUGGAAAGAGAACGCGAGGAGCGCGUGCGACGGUAUCCCCCGGCGCGAGUCCACACUCCGGUCGACUUCUCAGCAGAGAGCCUGAGCAAACUGCAGGAACUCGUUGGCUGGGACUGCGAAAUCGAACUCGACGACACCGACGAGUCGGUCCUGAAGGCGGUGUCGGCUCUCCCGGGCCCGCGGCCGCGACCAAGAUACGUGUAG